CUGGACAUUACAAGGAGAAGGUACCACCAGUAGCAGCAGGUCGAGUGAAAAUCGAAACAGAAAGUAGCCUCUCAGCUGAAAGGAGCCCUUUAGCUCAUACACAUGGCAACACAUGAUGAUUUCACAGCAGCUAAGUACCGAGCCCCUGUUGCAGUGUAUUGUGGGAGUGUCCCCAAAGUCAAACCCGGAUACAGAUCACUGCGAGGGGGAAGCAUCGAUUCAAACUUGCAGCUGUAUGGAAGCAGAUGGACGACAGCAGAUGAAGCCUCUCUUCACUCUGUACUGAAAGUCCAGAUGAAGAAACAGUCAUGCUUGUGGAGUGGAGAUGGGGGCCCACCUUAUCCCAGAGCUAUUUCCUCUCUGGAGGGCUUGGACAGCCCCACCUUGAAACAGGAUCUCAAAGAACUGGAGGUGAGCAGUGUGGCCGUGGAAACUGCUCAGAUCAAGGACAAGCUCAAGAAGAGGAGGAUCUCUGAGGGCUUAUUUGCAUCACACAGAGGCUUGCUUGACUCCAGUGGUCCCAAGGAGGUUGCCUUGAAGCCAGCUGUUUCCAGAUCUGCCUCGCAAAGGCUGCUGAUAACUUCCAAGCCCAUGCCUCCCAUUCAGAGCAUCCCUACCUCCCCAGAGGUCAACGGCACAGAUGAAAGGGAGAAGACGACCUUGGAGAAUGGCAUGGUCAGCUGGGGCUGUGGUGAGACCUACACUGAGCUGACUCCAACUUCCCAAGAGACUUCCCGGCAGUACUUGCAUUGCAAUGAUGAGAAGAUGAGGAAGUCAUUAGGUUCUGCUUUGAUUCCACCUAUUCCCAAAUCAGUGAGACCACCUGACAGAGACUCUGGCAAUGCUCCAAUGCCUCUUUCAAGCUCUCAGCAAUUGGACCAGGCUGCUCUCACUAUACAGGAGUCUGCUGAGAUAAGGUCAAGGCUAGACAGCAAUGCUGAGGAGAAGAUCCUUAAAUCUCUGGAAUUCAGAACUCUGGAACCCAUUUUGCCUGCUCCCAAAAAUGGCUUGACCAGUAGCAUGAAGCCUGCUGAAUAUUUACUGCCAUUAACAACCCUCUCCCUCAGCCAGGCCAAGGAGACAGGACCCCUAUCGAGCCCUCACCUUUUAAAGGGUGAUGAUUGGAAGGAGAGCAAUGGAAGGAUCCAUGUCACAAUAUCGAAGUCAGCUCAGGAGAAAAUGCGCCAGAAGCAAAAGAAAGAGAUGGAGCUUUUGCACAGCGAGAGGGAGAAGGAAAAAGAGAGAGAGAAGGAAAGGUCCCUGCAGCUCCAUGAGCAACUGCAGAACGUUGACCCAGGUGUUAUUGCUCAGGAAGUCCCCACAGGUUUUGGCCCACUUAACACCAAUGGGAUCAUCUCCGUUACACCCAAUGUGAGCAACCCAUGCAGAGCCAGUGUUGGCAUGGCCUUAAAGAAACGGGUCAACAGGCCAUCUCUGCCUAGCAUCCCCAUCAUCAAUCAUGACAGCAGCUUCAUGCGGCACUCAUCAGCUAACUCCCUGCCAGCAAACACUCUGGAUUCUCCAGAGGGGGAGGAGGAGUCUGAAAGUGGGGAAGCCUUGGAGAUGAGACCCUUCUCUCACCCAGAGCAAGGGCUGAUUGAUGCUCUCAAGUGGCUCAAUAGCAAUGACUGGUCACUGAAGGAGAAAGGACUUUUCAGCAUCAAAUGCCUGGCUACCUGCCAUUCAGAAGUCCUCUUUUGUCGACUUCAUGAUGUUUCCUUGGCAGUUACCAGAGAGGUUAGCAACCUCCGCUCAAAGGUGUCUCGCUUUGCUAUUAGCACCCUUGGCGAGCUCUUCAGGACCAUGAAGAAGCACAUGGACCAGGAUGUUGAUGAGAUUGCCCGGGUCCUGCUCCACAAGACAGGGGAUUGCAGCGAGUUCAUUCAGAAAGCAGCUGAUCGAUCCCUGGGCAUCAUGGUGCGGAGUGUGACUCCCAUGCGAGCAAUGGCUGCCCUCAUGGCCGGUGGAGUAAAGUAUGUGACUCUUCCCUUGUCUGAGCUCUGCAGUCUGACUACUUGCUUUGUGGGGAACGAGAAUGGUGAAGAAGAAGGAAUUCCUUCUGCUCUGUGCCAUCGUAACCCCCCUGUUCGAAAGUGUGCCGCUGAACACUUAUUGACUGUCAUGGAACAGAUUGGGGCUGAGAAACUUCUGUCAGGUACCAGAGACAACACAGAACUACUGGUCCAGACCCUGGUGAAGCUUGCUCAGGACUGCAAUCAAGACACUAGGUUUUACGGCCGGAAGAUGCUGAAUGUGCUGAUGCCUCAUCCGAAAUUCGAUGGGUAUUUGAAACAGUCUCUCCCAUCACAUAAUUUGCGGGAUGUUAUGGCAACAAUAAAGCAGAAAGGGAUGGAAGACAAUGUAUCUGAACAUCCUUCUGCCAAAGGCCGCAGGGAGUCUAGGAACAGCAGCUUGACUACUUCCCAGGACAGUCUGCCUUCCAAUGAAGGGUCCAGAUCAGACAUCCUAGCACCAGCACAGCCAGUGGUUCGUCGCUCAUCUCUCCGUAGUGUGGAAGCGAUGGAGCAACUCAAGGAAUUGAACAAACUCCUGAUGGCCAAGGAGUUUCAGACACGAAUGGAGGGAGUGACGCUGCUGGUGGAGCACUGCAAGAACAACCCCCAGUUUGUCUCCGCAAACAUCGUCCAGAUUUUUGAUGCUUUUUCCCUGAGACUUCAGGACUCCAACAAGAAAGUGAACCAGCAUGCGCUAGAGUCAGCUGCCACCAUGAUCCCUAUCCUCAAAGAUGGCUUACACCCAGUCGUGGUCUCCAUGGUGACGGUUGUCACGGAUAACUUGAAUUCUAAAAAUUCUGGGAUUUAUACUGCAGCAGUGAAGGUGUUGGACACAAUGAUCGCUAAUCUAGAUAAUGCAUUGCUUUUACAAGUAUUUGCCAGCAGAGUGCAUUUCAUCAGUGGUCGAGCCAUGCAGGACAUCACGGAACACCUGUCAGCACUUGUAGCUUCUGUAUACCCUCGGAAACCCCAGGCUGUGGAACGUCACACCCUGCCUGUUCUCUGGUAUUUCCUGAACAACAUGAUCGGAAAUGGGGUGUUACCUGGUAGGAGCGGGAAUGUCAGGACUGUGGUCUGCAAGCUUGCUAAAAGCCUGUACAAAGAGAUGGGACGCAGCCUAGAGGAUCAUGCUUCCAGCCAACCACAACAUGCAAUAAAAUCCCUCCAGGACCUUUUAGAACUCCAGUGAAGGAGGCCCAGUAGCCUUCAGGACAGUUUACAGUGUGGCACUUGAUGGGGUGGAUAAAUGAAGUGGUGGACAUUAUACUGGCAAUGAUUUUAUUCUAUGUGUUUUUGGAGAAAGGAAUAAGUUUAUAGAUCCAGAUGUAUAUAGUAUAUUUUGCAGUAGAAUUAAACAAAUCAUGUAUUUUUAUAAGGUUUUAUUUCCUGAACUUUUGUUCCUGAGAAGUUUUACAUAGAUUUUUUAAAAACAAGAAUUAUGUAUAAAUGUUGUGAUUUGUAAUUGUGUAAAAAAGAAAAUAAUGUAUUUGUACACAGGCACAUUUAGGAAGGCAGAGAUGGGCCUUAGACACGGGGGGUGGAGGUGGGGGGGGGGGUGGAUGAGUGGGCCCCAGAAGCAAGAGUGAGAGGCAAAUACUCCAGGCUGAGAAAAUAAAUUGAGUGAGGAAGAGAGAACUAUGCUGCACCCCGGACACAAAGGGUAUGUCUACAUUGGAGCUGGGAGAUUUGCACUAGUGGGGCUCAAGCUAGCAUGCUAAAAAUAACAGUGUGGACCUUGCAGCUCAGGCUGGAGCUUGGGAUCUGAAGCCUACCUGUCCCUCUAGGCUUGAGAGUCCAAGCUGCUACCCAAGCCACAAUGUCAACACUUCUAUUUUUAACACACUUGUUAGAGUGUCACUAGCAUGAGUUUGCCUACCUGGGCUGAGAGGCUCACUCUUAGCCAUAGUAUAGACAUACCAAUAAGCUUGUGGAAAGGGGGUAAAGGAGAGAGAAAGAGAGAGAGAGGUGGGGCUCUGGAAGCAGAAAAAGUGACCCGGGUGUAUAUCCAGAUCUGAAAAAUUGAGCACUCCUACACAUAUUCACACAACCUUGAAAGGCAGAGGGAAAGAAAGAAGGAGAGAUAUAUGGGACCCUGAACACAGGCAGAAUGAGGCACAUGGGGCCCAUGAGAUCAGAUAAAUAAAAGGACCUUGAAAAUGGGGCCUUGCCCAUUAAGUCAGAAGGCCAAAGAGCAGCACAGAAGGAACCAGCCAAUGAGGCCCAUGAGUCUGAGAAUUUUAAAUUUCUUUAUUUUUUUCAUACAAGUAGUCUAACUUGUUGUUGCAUUCUGUAUUAUCUUUCUGUGAAUUCCCCUUCAUCCCCCAUCACCGAGGUCUUUUAUUACAGUAAAGAAUGGGUGAAAUGAUUCAAACCUUCUGAAGUGUUUUAGAUCAACUUAGAACUGCAUAUGAAAUGUAGUGUAAAUGUAAUGUUCUAGAGCACCAGGAACUCAGAAUCUUCUGGAACAUUCUAGUGCACUCUCUGAGCCAGGAACCUAGUUCUGAAACGUUACGGAGUGCCCUGGAACUGACCACCUUCAGAAAUCUUCUAACAGCAUCCAGGAAUUUAGUAUCUUCUGAGGUGUUCUACAGCGCCUUGGAACUUGGAAUUUUGGAAGACUGUUCAAAAAGUCAGGUGAAAAUGGCAUAGGCUUAGUGUGGUGUGUAAUUGUUCUUUAGAGAGGGAGCAAGGCACUGCAGAGAACACCAAAUGCCAAAAUGUUGAACAGAGGCUUCUGUGGGGAAGGGAUACUGUUAAAGAAUGACCUGAGUUAAAUAAGCAAAGCCUGCAUUACAUUUACUCCUUCAAGCAACUUGAGCUUGUUCACUACGCAGAGCUUAUUUUAAAGUUUUGGGGGUUUUUUAGGGGUAGCAUCUUCUGAGAUCCCCUGUUUCUCCCUCCUUCAAACUCAAAGUGCUCUCUCCUCACAGUUCCCCUCCCUUUAGGCACACCUCCCUCUAGAGCCCUUCACUGCUGAAUAAAUGUUCUUUGUUUUAGCUUCUUCUUCAGCUUCUCUCUAGCCCCUGUGGAUACAGUGGGAAGUUUUUGUACUUUAGGAGAAAAGAAGCUUUUGUGUAUAGCAAAAGAACCCCCCCUCCCCCAAGUCAGUUUUAUUUGUUCAGUUGUAGGGUUCAUGGAGUCAAAUUAAAAGAUAAUUUAUGUAACCAGCUCUUAAUUUGCUACUGGCCUAGAGUGUUGCUCAUGUGUAUAUUGUUUCACAGGGUUGAUGGGAAUAAAGUGUUUCCUGU